GGUCCAUUGACUCAUCCUUUCCCUUCCCUCUCGCUCUCUCUAAUCUUCGCUGCGAAGAAAGACACAAAUUUGAAUAUCUAAUCUAGGGUUUGAUUUUAAUAAUUCUCUUUUGAAUCAGGGGGUUUCGCUUUGUUUUUCUGUAGUAAUGGCGAAUCCUGAAGAAUCCAGUCCUCUUCUUUCUGAAGAGAAACAAACAACAACACCGCUACCGGCAACGGCAAUACCACCACCGACAACGGGGGAGAAGAAAUCAGUGGCGAUAGAAACUGAAAAGGAAUAUAGCGGUGGUGAAUGGACAGCUGAUGGAGUUCCGUUAGGUCAUGGUGGAAGUGUUAUUGGUGAACCGAUUUCACGUAAUCAAUGGGAUUCAAGUUUAUUUUCUUGUCUUGGGAGAAACGAUGAGUUUUGUAGUAGCGAUCUUGAAGUUUGUCUUCUUGGAAGUGUGGCUCCUUGUGUGUUAUAUGGGAGUAAUGCAGAGAGGUUAGGAUCAUCUGAUGGAGUUUUUGCAAAUCAUUGCUUGACCUACGCUGGUCUUUACAUGCUUGGAAAUUCGCUUGUUGGUUCAAACUGGCUGGCACCUUGGUUUUCUUAUCCUAGCCGUACCGCAGUACGCCGAAGAUUCAAUCUCGAGGGUACCUGUGAGUCACUAACUAAAUCAUGCGGCUGCUGUGGAAGCAUCAUGGAGGAUGAGCUGCAGCGAGAACAGUGUGAGUCAACAUGUGACUUCGCCACCCACUUCUUCUGCCAUUACUGUGCUUUAUGCCAAGAAGCGAGAGAGCUGCGACGUAGGUCUCCACAUCCAGGGUUUAAUGGUAGGACAGUCUUUGUCAUGAUGCCUCCAUCAGAGCAGAUGAUGGGCCGCAGUGGUAAUGCUUGAAAUAUGUGACUCUUUGGUGUGCUAAAUGAUGUCUGUCUAUACCUUUUCUAUUCCUUAUAUACGAUAUGCAUGUUAAACUUGUUUGAAAUAUGUGUUACUGUUGUCUAAAGACUUCUUUUAAAGAAGAAAAAAAUCAUGUCACUGUAAUCUGGAUACGUUUCACAGUUCUAUCUUCUAAAUAAUAAAACCUUGUUUGUGACCGUUGUAACUA